AUGUGCCCGCCACCACUACCACCACCACCACAAGGAUACGGGGGAUACGCGCCUCCUCCUCCGACGGGAGCUGGAUACCCCCCGCCCCCUCCUGGAAGCUACGCGCACCUCCCACCGCCGCCGGGGUCGUACGCUCACUUGCCGCCUCCCCCGCCCGGCGCAGGAGGGGGGUACGCGCACCUCCCGCCUCCUCCUCCUGGGCAGGGGUACGCUCCCCCGCCACCUCAGUACAGCGGGUACGCACCACCACCUCAGCAGCACGGGUACGCACCGCCCCCUCAGCCGUUCGUGGAACCACCUCGCUUGCCUCCAGUUUACGGCGCACCGCCGCCCCCGGACGACAUUCGCGCCGCGGCCGCGGCAGCGGCCACUGAGCCACCGCAUGUCCCAGGCAGGCCGUACCAUCAUACCGGGAUAAGCCAGGCCCCUCCCCCCGAGUCGUCGCCGGUCGGCGCGGCUCGUCCUCCUCCGCCUGUUCCUUCCGGUCGGCCAGGCGAUGCGCGCUCGCCCCCACCUCCGCCGGGUGCGGCGUCUCGCUCGCCACCUCCCCCUCCUCCGCCUCGACAGACACCCCCAGUACCCCCUCCGACGGCUCGCAACGUCAACGCGCCGAUCGCGAGUGCCUCACCACCUCCGGUACCUCGCGCAGCCCCAGUCGACGCCCUCGCGACCCAGCUCGGCGGCGUACACCUCGCUCCCAACCUCCCACCCCUCGACGCCGAGGACCCGCUCAAGCCCCUCCCCGUGCUGCGCGAGUCUGGGCCGGCAGUCGAGAUCCCCUUCGACUGCUCCCAGGACCGUAUCGUCGACUACCCGACAUGGUGGUACCAUCUCACGAGUGCCUCGGAGUCGACGCUGAUGUGUGCGUACUGCCACGAGAGGCAUGUGGCACGCUCGCCGCUGGUUACAUCGUUCCAGAAGGUUCACAGGCCGCAGGGAGUCUGCGUGUUCUUCAACACGCGCGUCGCCAAGGUCCUGUUGCCUACUGCCCGUGCGAGCGGGGACGCGGCCGAGCUGACGGCGUACUUUGCGAAACGCGAGAAGAUACCCGCGUGCGGCUCGGACUCGCCGCAGAAACGCUGGUUCCAGGCCGCUGGGUCGAGCAUCGUGGUAUGUGAAGCAUGCUUCGAAGACACGGCGUCCGCGUCGCCUUGGAAGACGAGAUUCUCACCUACAACCCCGUCAAACCCGAACCCGACCUGCGCGCUGGGCUACGCCUACACGGAGCGUGUGUACCUCAAGCUCCAACGCGCCCCAGGCGGAUGGGAGCAGUGGCUCGCAGCGGCCAACCUCCGCCCGCAGCUGCCCAUCUGCGACGGCAAGUUCGUGCCACACACCAGCCGCAACUGGUACACUACGCGCCGGCCGAUCCACGGGUUUGUGGCGUGCGAGACAUGCUACCGCGACUUUGUGGCACUCUCGCGCUUCGACUCCGAGUUCAUCCCCAACCCUCCCAACAACGGCGCGCCAGGCGAGUGGGGAUGCGACUUUACCUCGCUGCAGAUCAAGAUGGCCUAUGUAACAGUGUACGCUCACCACCCGUUCGCCGUGUGGUGGACGGCCGCGAGCAACAUUGUCGCCAUCGACCAGGCUGCGGCAAGUGGCAAUGCAACGCCGUGGUUCGGCCUCAAGGCGGGAUCAGACUUUGCCUGCUGUGCCAAGUGCCACGCCGCCACGCUCACCCCACUCGGCCUCGCGCCGUUCUUUGUCCAGCGACACGUCCCGCAGGGGGUCACGCCAACAUGCGACCUCUGUCCUGGUCCCCGGAUGGCAAUGUUCGCCCCGCGCCUCCUCGAGGCGAUGGAGACGGGCGUGUGGGCUGCCUUCUCCGGGCCCGCUGCACGCCUGUCCAACGUCCCCGCCUGCCCCAAGCGCCAGGGGCUCGAAAAUGCCACUUGGUACGGGUUCCCAGAGCACGAGCUGUCCAUCUGCCCCGAGUGCUGGGAGAGUUUCGGCAGCCGUACUGCACUAGCGAGUCGCGUCACAGCGCGCGGUGUCCGCCGACCCGGAACGACCAUCUGCUCGCUGUACUCGCCGCGCAUGCGCCAGAAGUGGAUCGACGCAGGCAAGAGCGCGUCGCCGUCGGCCCUCACCGACCUGUUUGCCUUCUCGAAAGCCCGCACGCAGGUGUGGGCGCGCACCAUGCCGCGUUGGGACGCGCUCCUAGCCUUGCAGAAGCAGAAGCUGGCGCAGGCGCAGCAGUCGGCGACGCUCGCGGUGCUGUACAACGGCAUGAACAACGUCGUGUCGGCGUCGAGCGCGUACGGGACCGGAUACCUCCACGGCGGGGGCAGCUUGGGCUGGCACGACACGGUCAUGGGCGCCCAGGCGGCCGGGUUCAACCAGGACAUGGACGCGCAGAACGCUGCUGUCGCGGCGCCCGGGACGUGGGGGGAGAUGGCGGCGCUCGAGCGGCAGUGGACGACCGUGGAGUGA